AUGGACAGGAGGCCCCUGGACUCAAUGGAGGAGGUGAGGGACAGGAGGCCCCUGGACUCAGUGGAGGAGGUGAGGGACAGGAGGCCCCUGGACUCAGUGGAGGAGGUGAGGGACAGGAGGCCCCUGGACUCAGUGGAGGAGGUGAGGGACAGGAGGCCCCUGACCUCUGUGGAGGAGGUGAGGGACAGGAGGCCCCUGGACUCUGUGGAGGAGGUGAGGGACAGGAGGCCCCUGGACUCUGUGGAGGAGGUGAGGGACAGGAGGCCCCUGGACUCUGUGGAGGAGGUGAGGGACAGGAGGCCCCUGGACUCUGUGGAGGAGGGAGCGGCGGUGGCGGUGGCGGUGACUGCUGGGCCCUCGCUGGGCCCUCUCUCUGGUCCCUCGCCGGUCCCACAUCCUGGUCCCAGUGGUCAUCAGCAUUCCAACCGACUCUGGAGGAAGCAGGAGCAGGCGGCAGAGGAAGAAAAGAAAGGGUGA